CUCGAUUCCCUCGACUUGGUUCUCCGACUGUAAUUUGGUCAUGGCUAGUGGCUCCGCAAGGGUCUGGUUGAGUCUGUGGUGGUUGUCCAAUGACUGCAGCCCCAUAUAUAUUACCACCGAUGACACUCCAGGUUGCACGUUCAGCUAUUGAACCUUCUUCCCACCCCCAUGUUCUGGAAACCGCGCUCUUUAUCGGCCGGUUUCUCCUGGAUCCUAUCCUGCUCCCCGCAGCCUCUCACGGAAUUUGAACCCGUUCAGUGUCUCUGGGACGGUGCCGUUCAGCAACCACGCACCCCAGGAUGACGGCGAGUGGUGCCAAGCCAGCCGUCCGCGACCGUCCCAGCCAGCCUUCCCCAUACCCACCAGUUUCGACCACCGCCUCAUCCCGCGGUUUCGUCCCGUCUUUCUCCCCAGACCACCACCUCCUCCAGACUUUGUGGCCGACUCCCUCCGAAUCUACCCCCCUCCUGCCGAACGAUGAUCCGGGUCUUGCUCUUGGGGUAUCUGCACCCAUCAUGAUCCCUCCCGAGUCCGACGAGUCCCCUUUGGCCUCUGGCCUGGCCUUAGGUCACGACGAUAUCGUCCUCCCCGAAGACCUCGACGUCCAUAGCCGAGCCAGCUCGCGUGAUCCGGGCAGCGUCCAGACCGGCGGCGAUUCGGCUGCCCUUCAUGAUCUUGGACCCGAUGGCCAGCGGGACGAUGCCAAUCGCGACCCCGCACACAAUGAGCAGCAGGGAGGCGAAAAACCCGCGUGGAGUGAAAUGAAGACCAAGGCUGGAAAGGAACGAAAGCGCCUCCCUCUGGCUUGCAUUGCUUGUCGGCGGAAGAAGAUUCGAUGUUCGGGUGAAAAGCCCGCGUGCAAGCACUGCUCGCGCUCCCGAAUUCCCUGUGUUUACAAGGUCACCACCCGAAAGGCAGCUCCCCGGACAGACUACAUGGCGAUGCUGGAUAAGCGCCUGAAACGAAUGGAGGAUCGCGUCAUCAAGACCAUCCCCAAGGAAGAGGCGAGGGAUAUGGCCGCCAUCGGUCGGUCGGUGGUCCGACCGCCACAACCGGGGCAGACCACCAAGGCCCAGAAGAAGCGGACAGCGGAUGAAGCGUUUGCAGCCGAAAUGGACGAGUGGACUCAGGAGAGCCGCAAUGGUCCGCAGGAUACUUUUCCGAUGCGCCGCGAAAGUAAGCCCGGCGAUGCAUCGGGCCUGAUGACUCCGGGAGCUGAGUUCUUACCGUCAUUGGAGAUUCAGGAGCAUCUGGCAGAGGUCUUUUUCGAUUGUGUCUACGGACAGUCCUACCUCCUCCUCCACAAACCCAGCUUUAUGCGAAAACUCAAGGCAAGGACCGUCCCACCCGUCCUCAUUCUCGCCGUCUGCGCUGUCUCCGCCCGGUUCUCAACCCAUCCACAGAUCAACUCUGAGCCUCCUUUCCUGCGUGGCGAAAACUGGGCCAACCCCGCCGCUGCUAUAGCGCUGAGUCGCCACGACGAACCUAAUAUCACUAUUUUGACCGUCUUCCUGCUCCUGGGGCUUCACGAAUUCGGCACGUGCCAUGGCGGGCGGAGUUGGUCAUUCGGCGGCCAGGCACUGCGCAUGGCUUAUGCCCUGCAGCUACACCGAGAGCUUGACCAUGACCCACUACUGAUUCAGAACAAUGGCAAUGGAUCCCAGCUCAGUUUUACAGACCGGGAGAUUCGAAGGCGUACCAUGUGGGCCUGCUUCCUGAUGGAUCGAUACAAUUCAUCCGGGAGCCAGCGACCGCCAAUCGGGAACGAGAAAUUCCUGCAAAUCCAGCUGCCUAUCAAGGAAUCUCAUUUUCAGAUGGAGAUACCCGGGCCGACGGAAGACUUGGAUGGCAACAUCCUCAACCCGGUCCCGGAGGAUGUUGGGCAGCUAUCAAAUGCAAAGGAGAACAUGGGCGUAUCAGCCUACAUCAUCCGGGCCGUCGUCAUCUGGGGCCGCAUCGUCGAUUAUCUCAAUCUCGGAGGAAAGAGACGAGAUACGCAUCCGCUGUGGUCGCCAGAGUCGGGAUACAUGCGUCUCAAGCGACAGAUCGAAGAGUUCUCCGCAUCGCUCCCUAGCUACCUCUUGUUCACCUAUGAGAACCUUCAGAUCCACGCCGCUGAUCGAAUAGCCAACCAAUUUCUCUUCCUGCAUAUUAUCAUUCACCAGAACAUGCUCUUCCUGAACCAGUUCGCCAUCCCGCUGUCCCCGGGAGGACGUCCGCCCCGCGACAUGCCCAAGGCGUUUCUGAGCAAUGCUGGACGAGCCGCAGUGGAAGCCGCCCAUCACAUUUCGGUUCUGAUUGAUCGGGCGUCCGCCUAUCCCCUGACGGUCCCGUUUGCCGGGUAUUGCGCGUAUUCGGCGAGUACCGUCCAUAUUUGGGGCAUAUUCUCCAAGAACGCCCAGUUGGAAGCACGGUCCAAGGAGAACCUCCGUCAUACAUAUCGCUACCUCAACAAGAUGAAGAAAUAUUGGGGUAUGUUUCAUUACAUGGUCGAAAGCGCCAAGGAUCGAUAUCGGCAAUUUGCAGAUGCAGCCAUUAAGGGUACGGUAGUCACGCAGAACGGCGGACAUCUGGCACCCAUGUUUCAAUAUGGCGACUGGUUCGACAAGUAUCCCCAUGGCAUGUCGAGAUCACACUGGGAGGAACCCGACCCCCAGCAAAAGGCAAAGGGCGAUGAGGGUGUCAUGAGCCAACGGCCUGAUCUUCAGAGCGUCGAGGAAUUCUUUGCCAGCCUUUCUCCCACACCGCAGCCAACCGCGCCUCGUAGGCAUUCCAAGAAGAGCAGCAAGGCCGACAGCGUUACGGGAUUCGAUGGACCAACGCCUCCACAGUCCAUGAACGAGAUCAACAUGGACGGCGCGCCGGGCAUGCUGGGGACAACCGGGACGGGAUUCCCUCAGCCCGCCAUGUUCAACCAGAAUCGCGCGGGACAGCAGACAUUUGCACCUCCGGGAUUCGACUUUUCCGUGCCCGCUGCGGACCAGCUCCCACAACUAGACCGACAAUUCGUCUACGGCUCUUUUAGCGAAUUCGACCCUUCUGCAUCCCUGGUUCCGCCCGAGAAUCCACCACCCGUGCCUGUGAAUCGUCCUGAGGUUCCUCCGAACCAGGACCCGUCCGCCAUUUUCACCGGCCAACUGGAUCCGAAUGCCCCGUCGGGCGCAGGAGAAUACUACCAGCCCAGCGCCUGGUUCCUGCCAUUCAACCUGGACCCUGUUGGAGCGGGCGACCUUGAUCCGGGUUCCCAGCCCGGGAACAACCCAGAGCUCGGCUUCGGAGGUAUACCCAUGGGGGCAUUCGAUCUGGGCUUGACCGGUGUGAAUCGAGGGUCCCAGGCAUGAUACCUUGUCCGCCAGCGCACUGGUAGGACAUGUUUUGAUUUAGUUAGUUUCUAGCGGGUACUCGGCGGCGGGACGGACUGGUUUGAGAUACGGAGUUUAAUGCAUGCAGAGCUUGGGUCAUGAUGGAUUGACGUGUAUUAUAUCAUGGCUAUAUACCUGUGGGAAGAAUAAAUACUAUUUUUAAAUCGCU